CUUGCGCGCUAGUUGGCGUGAGAGCUCACAUACACCCUGUGCGAUCACGAGCGAAGUCGAUAGCCGUAGCAUGAAGGCGAUGAUGACAUAGAGUGAUGUUACUCCAUUUUCGCCUGAGUUUCGUGCGCUAUAUCUUGAACGCUCGCCCUCCACUCCCACCUUCCCAUUCAUCAACUUUGACACAAACAACCUCAUCCACACAUCACCUGACAGCAUCAUGCCUUUAGUUUCCAACGUCAUUAGGAAGGUAAUCACCGGUAAGAAGUCUGCCGGCACUUAUGUCGACGGGUGUGCGCAGUCGGCGUGUACCGUGCCUUUGGACUAUGGCUGCGACGACGACUCCUCUGCUCAACGGUGUGAAAGCCCAGCGAAAUUAGACACGACGCCCCACGUCGUCGAAACUGCUAAGCAUAACAAGACGUCGCAGAGGAAGCGACGUGCUAGUUUUGUCAGGCGACGUUCGUCUUUGGAAAGGCACGCCGCGGAGCUCGAGUCGCAUUUGGCGCCGCAAUGUGAUCCGUCGGGCAUGCUUACAGAGAAAUUGAACGAGUUUACUGCGGACCUGGAUCGUGGACCUGUUGUGAACCCAACUGUCUCUAUCCUUUCUGGCAGAUCGGACGAAGAUGAAGAGUCACCCGCCAACCACAACGACGGUGACUGUGACGACUCGAUCCAGCGGGCAUCGGUGACAGAGUCCGAAACAUCCUUGACCCCUGAAGAAGCCUAUAUCGCCUCAGAUCUGGUUCCCGUCAUCGCGAAGACCUCGGGCGGUGUCCCAUCUCCUGGUCGCCGCGAAGCCAUAGCGGAAGCUCGUGAUCAGCUCACCCCGAUGUCGGAUACUCUCCAGGUCUCCCGAUACGUGUCCUCUUACCCUAUUCAUCUCCCCUCUCCGGUUCAGCGGUGCAAGAUGGAUCCAGUUGAGCUGAAUGAAAUCUUGGCUCGUCGGUACAGGCAGGUGCAGAUCAAGCAUCAUGUCAAGCAGAAUUUGCGGAACAAGAUGUAUUCGACAAAGUUGCAGGAUCACCUUGAUAAAGGGAUGCCUGUGACGAUUGAUGAGCGGUCUUCGAACUCUCGGAUUAAUUACAUGGGCAAAACGCUCAAUUUACAUGUGGAGAUGGUGAGGCCACCCCCGGCGAGGGUUAGGGAGGCGAGGAAGAUGGAUUUGUGGUUGGAGAACUCGACGGCGAGGAGGAGCCAUUUGCAAGCAUGUGGGUCAUUGCGCUGAUAAAGCAAAGGAGUAGAAUGUACCAUCUUCAAGACGGGCUCUGUUGUAUGGGAGUUGAAUGAUGAUUUGCCUUGUAUGUGUUGCUUAGCCUAGCCUUAAUCAAGCGUUAAGAUCGGUGUCUGCUUUUGGUUCCGCCUCAUAAUUCCAUGGAUCCGCCAGAGGUACCCUCCGUAAUGGCCAUACCUCCUCCGAGUUCCUCGCUGCUCGCAACUUUGCCAAUCUCUCCCUCCGUCUUUCGUCAUUCAUCUGGAUCUGCUCUUCCUUACUGUACAUCCUCGUUUUCGAACACCACAUGAACUCAUCCCACUUUGCGUUACAGUCCUUCUGCUCGCCGUAACGGUAGUAG